CCUCCUAAACAAAGGCAAGUGUUGAUUUUUUUUCUAUUUUUUUAAUGAUCUAUGUCCGUUAUUUUGGGGAUAAGGUUGUAUGUAUGUGUUGGGAAAGUUGCCUUUGGAGUGUGCAAAAGUCGAGCCUUUUUUCUCUUGUCAAACUCACAAGGGGAUAUAGCUUUCUUCCCUGUUGCCAUGUAACAGAUUUUCAUAAUUCAUUCCCAGUGAAGGAAGGGUCUUUUUCUUUAGUUGGUUGGUAUGCUUCCACGUGUGUAAUGCUGAGUGUGUGUAUGUGAGUGUUGCUGCUCCUUGCUAGAUAGUUGCACAUCUUCUCGAGAGAAAAAAAAAAGUAAAAUGGGAUCUGGCAAUGAGGUUCACUCAGUUGGGGACUUCAAUUUAGAUUCCAAGUGGCUUGUAGAUCCCAAACAACUAUUUAUUGGUCCAAAAAUUGGGGAGGGUGCUCAUGCCAAAGUAUAUGAAGGAAAAUAUAAAAAUCAAAAUGUUGCUGUUAAGAUUAUCAACAAGGGAGAAACUCUGGAAGAGAUUUCUAGGAGAGAGGCUCGGUUUGCAAGAGAGGUUGCUAUGUUGUCGAGAGUUCAACACAAAAAUCUGGUUAAGUUUAUUGGGGCUUGCAAAGAACCUGUCAUGGUUAUAGUAACUGAACUUCUAUUGGGUGGGACAUUGCGCAAAUAUCUCUUGAAUAUGCGUCCAAAGUGCUUGGAUAUGACUGUGGCUAUUGGAUUUGCUCUUGAUAUUGCCCGAGCAAUGGAAUGUUUACACUCUCAUGGGAUCAUUCACCGUGAUCUUAAACCCGAUAACUUGAUCUUGACAGAUGAUCAUAAGGCAGUUAAACUUGCUGAUUUUGGUCUAGCCAGAGAAGAGUCCUUAACUGAGAUGAUGACUGCUGAAACAGGAACAUAUCGUUGGAUGGCUCCAGAACUAUACAGCACUGUUACUCUAAGACAAGGUGAGAAGAAGCAUUACAACCACAAGGUGGAUGCCUACAGCUUUGCAAUUGUGUUGUGGGAACUCAUCCAUAAUAAGUUACCCUUUGAAGGCAUGUCUAAUCUACAGGCAGCAUAUGCAGCUGCUUUUAAGAAUACAAGGCCCAGUGCUGAAGACCUUCCUGAGGAUUUAGCUCUGAUUGUAACUUCAUGUUGGAAAGAGGAUCCGAAUGAUCGACCAAAUUUCAGUCAAAUCAUACAGAUGCUCCUUCGAUAUCUCUCCACCGUUUCACCACCAGAACCGGUUGUUCCUCUGCGGAUUACUUCAUCUGAGAACGCGGUGUUGCCACCAGAAUCUCCUGGUACAAGUGCAUUAAUGCUUGGAAGAGAUGGCUCUAGAGAAACCACAACAGCCAAAGGGUUUUUCUUCUGCUUUAACCAGUGUUACUGAGGCCUCAAAACACAUCAUUUGGCGUUUGUCCUUAUCCCAGAUAACAGUUAGGAAAACUAAAUAAACCAAAUUUACCAAUUGUAACAACUAGAAUCUUGAUAAGAAAAUGUUUAUUGUCAAAUAGUGAGUUUAGUAGCAAUUAGUAACUAAGAAAGUGCCUUUGUUCACAGCAAGAGUGGCUGGCAAGCUCUUUUUAACAUUUAUGGUAACCUUCUUCUGACUUAUAUCCAGAAAAUUUUGGGGUUAAGGUUGCUGAGAUGUAAUAUCAUUGUAAAGUAAGGUUCAUCCAAAGGCCUUUACCUCUUUCUUGUUUAUGUAUGUGGCAUGCAUAAUUAAAAGUGAAAAGGAUGAAAUGUUUACAUUUGCUUUCAUGAAA